GUUAAUAAUAAAAUAAUAUUUUAUUAGCUGACAUUUCCCUUACCAUCGUGAGUCAGCCUGAACAGCAACAUAGGGCUCGCUAUCAAACGGAAGGAAGUAGGGGUGCCGUUAAAGACAGAACCGGAAACGGAUUCCCUAUUGUUCAGUUAAAUGGCUACGACAAACCUGCAACGUUACAGGUUUUCAUUGGAACUGACGUUGGUAAAGCGACUCCACACAUGUUCUAUCAGGCGUGCAGGGUUAGCGGUAAAAAUUCCACACCCUGUAUAGAACGUAAGAUCGAAGGUACGGUAGUGAUCGAACUGCAAUUGGACCCCUCGAAAGAAAUGGUUGCAACGUGUGACUGUGUUGGUAUACUGAAAGAGAGAAACGUGGACGUAGAGCAUAGGUUUCCAGAACAAACAGCCACCAGGAGCAAGAAGAAGUCUACCAGGUGUCGUAUGGUCUUCAGAACAACCGUAACCCACGAUAAUGGCGUUCAAGAGGUUUUACAGAUAUGUUCGCAACCGAUUGCAUGCACGCAACCCCCUGGUGUGCCUGAAAUCUCCAAGAAAUCUCUCACAUCAUGUCCCGCUUCAGGUGGUUUAGAACUCUUCAUACUCGGCAAAAAUUUCUUAAAAGACACAAGGGUGUUUUUCCAGCAAGUUGACGAACAAGGUGUUCGAUGGGAGCAGUCUGUUGUCCCCGACAAAGAAUAUUUGCAGCAGACCCAUUUGGUGUGUGUAAUACCACCAUAUUUAAGACAUGACAUUAUAGAACCGGUAACAGUCCGGUUAUUCGUUGUAUCUAGUGGAAAAACUAGUGAACCACACCAGUUUGUAUAUACGCCCACAAGUGGGGCAGUAACAAGUGCAUACAAGCUCUGUUUACAAAGAGGUGCUGCCUGCCGUCGACUUCUGUCAGCCUGCGGGGCCUAACCUGCGUCGAUGCCGCGUCAUACAGGUUCUCGCUUCACGGGUACUUAAAAAAAAAACAACACGACAAUA